CUUAUUGAGGGAGUGCCAUUGUGCGAUGCUGAAAUUACAGAUAAGGAGUAUUUGAUAAUCAUGAACGAUGUCACAAAGAUAAUUCACUUGCUUCACGGUAAAAACCUUGUGUUUGGUGAUCUUUGUAGUAUGAACAUUAUAGUUCGAAAGGCUGAUAAUAAGAUCCAGACAAUGUUAUUUGAAUUCGAUUGUUGUGGCGAACAUCAAAUCAGUUGUUAUCAACCCUCAAUGAAUUCAACAAUUGAAGGUCCACCUGGGGCAGAAGCUUAUGCGUUGUUGGAUAAAUCUCACGAUUUAUACUGGUUAGAUGUAUUUUGGAAGAAGAGGAGCUAG